AUGUCAGACCUAGAUCGCUUCUGCUGGCAGUACCUCCAGCUGGAGCAGCGACUCGACUACCCACCUCGGGAGUUGAUCCGAACAGAAGAAUGCCAAUCGCAACUGUUUGCGCGCCUCUUUGCGCCGGGAGCGCUGCCCCACCCGCCUCCGCACCGGUACCAGCUCCGGGUGCUCAAGGAGCUCAUCGGCCGGAUCGAGGCCAGCAUUGAGGACUGGGACGAGCAUGGAAUCUCAGACGAUUUGGCAACGGCCCUGACGGCACUCAUGUCGCAGCCCACCCCGUCAGAGGCGACCGCUGCACAGCAAAAGAGCUACGUGACUUAUCACCUCUCCCUGCUCGACCAGCCCAGCAGCAGCAGCAGCAGCAAGAGCAUCACCCUCCUCGAGAACCGCCACCUCAUCGCGGCCUCGGGCACGACGGGCCUGCGCACCUGGGAGGCGGCGCUGCACCUAGGCCAGUACCUAUGCCUGCACGCCGACUCGCUCGUGUCGGGCCGCCGCGUGCUGGAGCUGGGCGCCGGCACGGGCUACCUGUCGAUGCUGUGCGCGGCGCACCUCGGAGCGGCGCACGUGGUGGCCUCGGACGGCAGCGACGACGUCGUGGCCAACCUGCCCGAGGGCGCGUUCCUCAACGGCCUCCAGCACGAGGGCCAAGCCGCAGCAGCAGCAGCAGAGCGCGCGGCAGUGCAGCCCAUGGAUCUCAAGUGGGGCCACGCCCUGGUCGGGACCGAGGAUGCGCGCUGGAACGGCGGCGAGCCGGUCCAUCUGGUGCUGGGCGCCGACGUCACCUACGACGCGACCCUCGCGGCCCCGCUGUUGGGCACCAUCGCCGAGCUGGUGGGCAUGUUUCCCGACGUGCAGGUGCUCAUUGCCGCGACCGAGCGUAACAGCGCCACCUAUGCCGCCUUUCUAGACGCCGUGGCCAAGUCCGCCGACGUUGCGCUACUGGAGGAGGUGGCGCUUGCGGUAGACGGGUCCAGGGGUCCGUUUUUCCCGGACAACGUCCCGAUUCACAUCUGUCGCCUUGGGCGGAGGGUGUAG